AGAGCCACAGGAUGGCUUCCCCUCUGAGGGACGAGGAGGAGGAGGAGGAGGAGAUGGUGGUGUCGGAGGAGGAAGAAGAGGAGGAAGAAGAGGGCGACGAGGAGGAGGAGGAGGUGGAGGCGGCCGACGAGGACGAUGAGGAGGAGGACGAAGAGGGAGUACUCGGGCGCGGGCCGGGCCACGACCGGGGCCGCGACCGCCACAGCCCCCCCAGCUGCCACCUCUUCCCGCCGCCGCCGCCGCCGCUGCCGCCGCCCCCGCCGCCAGAUAAGGAUGAUAUCCGGCUGCUGCCUUCAGCAUUGGGCGUGAAGAAGCGAAAACGAGGUCCCAAGAAGCAGAAGGAAAACAAGCCAGGCAAACCCCGGAAACGAAAGAAGCUUGACAGUGAAGAGGAGUUUGGCUCAGAGCGAGAUGAGUACCGGGAGAAGUCAGAGAGUGGAGGCAGCGAGUAUGGAACUGGACCAGGUCGGAAGCGAAGAAGGAAGCACCGGGAAAAGAGAGAGAAGAAAACAAAACGGAGGAAAAGGGGAGAAGGGGAUGGGGGACACAAGCAGGUGGAGCAGAAGUCAUCCGCCACCUUGCUUCUGACCUGGGGCUUGGAGGAUGUGGAACACGUGUUCUCUGAGGAGGACUAUCACACACUUACUAAUUACAAAGCCUUCAGUCAGUUCAUGAGGCCCCUAAUUGCUAAGAAGAAUCCUAAGAUCCCGAUGUCGAAGAUGAUGACCAUCCUGGGGGCCAAGUGGAGAGAGUUCAGCGCCAAUAACCCCUUCAAAGGGUCAGCAGCUGCUGUGGCGGCAGCGGCAGCGGCAGCAGCAGCAGCUGUAGCUGAGCAGGUGUCAGCUGCUGUCUCCUCAGCCACCCCCAUAGCACCAUCUGGACCCCCCCCUGCCCUUCCACCACCCCCUGCUCCUGAAAUCCAGCCCCCACCCAUCAGAAGAGCCAAAACCAAAGAGGGCAAAGGUCCAGGCCACAAGAGGCGGGGUAAGAGCGCCCGAGCCCCCGAUGGGCGCAAGAAGCUUCGAGGAAAGAAGAUGGCGCCACUCAAAAUCAAGCUAGGGCUUCUGGGGGGCAGGAGGAGGAAGGCGGGCUCGUGUGUUUUUCAGGGUGAUGAGGGCCCUGAACCAGAGGCUGAGGAGUCAGACCUGGACAGUGGUAGUGUUCAUAGUGCCUCAGGCCGGCCUGAUGGUCCUGUCCGUGCCAAGAAACUGAAGCGAGGCCGGCCAGGAAGGAAGAAGAAGAAGGUCCUGGGCUGUCCUACAGUGACCGGGGAGGAGGAAGUUGAUGGCUAUGAGACGGAUCACCAGGAUUACUGUGAGGUGUGCCAGCAGGGCGGGGAAAUUAUUCUGUGUGACACCUGCCCCCGUGCCUACCACCUCGUCUGCCUUGACCCUGAGCUUGAUCGAGCUCCUGAGGGCAAAUGGAGCUGCCCCCACUGUGAGAAGGAAGGGGUACAGUGGGAGGCCAAGGAAGAAGAGGAAGACUAUGAGGAGGAAGGGGAGGAAGGAGAGAAGGAGGAAGAGGAUGACCACAUGGAGUACUGCCGCGUGUGCAAGGACGGCGGGGAGCUCCUGUGCUGUGACGCCUGCAUCUCUUCCUACCACAUCCACUGUCUGAACCCCCCACUGCCCGACAUCCCCAAUGGUGAAUGGCUGUGCCCUCGAUGCACGUGUCCUGUGCUAAAGGGCCGUGUUCAGAAGAUCUUGCACUGGCGAUGGGGGGAGCCACCUGUGGCAGUGCCGGCCCCGCAGCAGGCAGACGGGGAUCCAGACGCCCCACCCCCUCGUGUUCUUCAAGGCAGAUCAGAGCGGGAGUUCUUUGUCAAGUGGGUGGGACUGUCCUACUGGCAUUGCUCCUGGGCCAAGGAGCUUCAGCUGGAAAUCUUCCACUUGGUAAUGUACCGAAACUAUCAACGGAAAAAUGACAUGGACGAGCCCCCACCGCUGGACUAUGGAUCUGGUGAGGACGAUGGGAAGAGUGAUAAGCGGAAGGUGAAGGACCCGCACUACGCAGAGAUGGAGGAGAAGUACUACCGUUUCGGCAUCAAGCCAGAGUGGAUGACUGUGCACCGCAUUAUUAACCAUAGUAUGGAUAAAAAGGGGAACUACCACUAUCUUGUGAAAUGGAAGGACCUGCCUUACGACCAGUCUACAUGGGAGGAGGAUGAGAUGAACAUCCCUGAGUAUGACGACCAUAAGCAGAGCUACUGGAGGCACCGUGAGCUAAUUAUGGGCGAGGACCCCGCACAGCCUCGAAAGUACAAGAAGAAGAAGAAGGAGAUACAGGGCGAUGGGCCUCCCAGUUCCCCUACUAAUGAUCCUACAGUGAAAUAUGAGACUCAGCCACGGUUUAUCACGGCCACAGGAGGCACGCUGCACAUGUAUCAGCUGGAAGGGCUGAACUGGCUGCGCUUCUCAUGGGCCCAAGGCACUGACACAAUUCUGGCUGAUGAGAUGGGGCUGGGCAAGACCAUCCAAACCAUUGUCUUUCUCUACUCACUCUAUAAGGAGGGCCACACAAAAGGUCCCUUCCUGGUGAGUGCUCCACUCUCUACCAUCAUCAACUGGGAACGGGAGUUCCAGAUGUGGGCACCCAAGUUCUAUGUGGUCACAUACACGGGUGACAAGGAUAGCCGGGCCAUUAUUCGAGAAAACGAGUUCUCCUUUGAGGAUAAUGCCAUAAAAGGCGGGAAGAAAGCUUUUAAGAUGAAGAGAGAGGCACAGGUGAAGUUCCAUGUUCUCCUGACAUCAUACGAGCUGAUCACCAUCGAUCAGGCAGCUCUAGGCUCCAUUCGCUGGGCGUGUCUUGUGGUGGAUGAAGCUCAUCGACUCAAGAACAAUCAGUCCAAGUUUUUCAGGGUCCUCAAUGGCUACAAGAUAGAUCAUAAGUUGUUGUUGACGGGGACUCCACUGCAGAAUAACUUGGAGGAGCUCUUCCACCUUCUCAACUUCCUCACUCCAGAGAGGUUUAACAACCUGGAGGGCUUUCUGGAGGAGUUUGCUGACAUAUCCAAAGAGGACCAGAUUAAGAAACUGCAUGAUUUACUGGGACCACACAUGCUGAGACUCAAGGCAGAUGUCUUUAAGAACAUGCCAGCCAAGACAGAGCUCAUUGUUCGAGUGGAGCUAAGCCCCAUGCAGAAGAAAUACUACAAGUACAUCCUAACUCGAAAUUUUGAGGCCUUGAACUCUCGAGGUGGUGGGAACCAAGUGUCCCUGCUUAACAUCAUGAUGGACCUUAAGAAGUGCUGUAACCACCCGUACCUCUUCCCCGUGGCUGCUAUGGAGUCUCCCAAACUCCCCAGUGGGGCUUAUGAGGGUGGGGCACUUAUUAAGUCGUCAGGGAAGCUGCUGCUGCUACAGAAGAUGCUGCGGAAGCUGAAGGAGCAAGGACACAGAGUGCUCAUCUUCUCCCAGAUGACCAAAAUGUUAGACCUUCUGGAAGACUUCCUAGACUACGAAGGGUACAAGUAUGAGCGCAUCGAUGGUGGCAUCACGGGCGCCCUCAGGCAGGAGGCCAUCGACCGCUUUAAUGCUCCUGGAGCCCAACAGUUCUGCUUCCUCCUGUCCACCCGGGCUGGUGGACUGGGCAUCAACCUGGCCACUGCUGACACUGUCAUCAUUUUCGAUUCUGAUUGGAACCCCCAUAAUGACAUCCAGGCCUUCAGCAGAGCCCAUCGGAUUGGCCAGGCCAACAAAGUGAUGAUUUACCGGUUUGUGACCCGAGCCUCAGUGGAAGAGCGAAUCACACAGGUGGCUAAGAGAAAGAUGAUGCUGACACACCUGGUCGUGCGGCCAGGCCUGGGCUCCAAGGCUGGUUCCAUGUCCAAGCAGGAGCUGGAUGACAUCCUCAAAUUUGGCACCGAGGAGCUAUUCAAAGAUGAAAAUGAGGGAGAGAAUAAGGAGGAAGAUAGCAGUGUGAUCCACUAUGACAAUGAAGCCAUUGCUCGACUGUUAGACCGAAACCAGGAUGCGACCGAUGACACAGACGUGCAGAACAUGAACGAAUACCUCAGCUCCUUCAAGGUGGCACAAUAUGUUGUGCGGGAGGAAGACAAGAUUGAGGAGAUCGAGCGAGAGAUCAUCAAGCAGGAGGAGAAUGUGGACCCUGACUACUGGGAGAAGCUACUGCGACACCACUAUGAGCAGCAGCAGGAAGACCUCGCCCGGAACCUAGGCAAGGGGAAGCGAGUCCGAAAGCAGGUCAACUACAAUGAUGCUGCCCAGGAGGACCAAGAUAACCAGUCAGAAUACUCAGUGGGGUCCGAGGAGGAGGAUGAAGACUUCGAUGAGCGUCCUGAAGGGCGUCGACAGUCAAAGAGGCAGCUUCGAAAUGAGAAGGACAAGCCGCUGCCUCCAUUGCUGGCUCGAGUCGGGGGCAACAUUGAAGUAUUGGGAUUCAAUACCCGGCAGCGGAAGGCUUUCCUUAAUGCUGUGAUGCGCUGGGGGAUGCCGCCACAGGAUGCUUUCACCACACAGUGGCUAGUGAGAGACCUGAGGGGCAAAACGGAGAAGGAGUUCAAGGCCUAUGUGUCUUUGUUCAUGCGCCAUCUGUGCGAACCUGGGGCAGAUGGCUCUGAAACCUUUGCGGAUGGGGUCCCUCGGGAGGGGCUGAGUCGCCAGCAGGUGUUGACCCGCAUUGGAGUCAUGUCUCUCGUCAAGAAGAAGGUGCAAGAGUUCGAGCAUAUCAAUGGACGCUGGUCAAUGCCAGAGCUGAUGCCUGACCCCAGUGCUGACUCCAAACGCUCUUCCAGAGCCUCCUCUCCAACCAAAACGUCUCCCACCACUCCUGAGGCUUCUACAACCAACAGUCCUUGCACCUCUAAACCUGCUACUCCGGCUCCAAGUGAGAAGGGAGAUGGUGUAAGGACACUGCUGGAGAAGGAUGACACUGAGAACCCGGAAGAGAAGCCAGAGAAGAACAGCAAAGUGGGGGAAAAGAUGGAGACAGAGAUCGAUUCUCCCAGCCCUGCCCCAUCACUUGGAGAACGGCUAGAACAUAGGAAGAUUCUGUUAGAGGAGGACGCACCGGGGGUACCUGGAGAGAUAGAGCCUGAACCUGGGUACCGAGGAGACAGGGAAAAGUCUGCCUCAGAGCCAACACCAGGAGAAAGGGGGGAGGAGAAGCCAUUGGAUGGACAGGAACACAGGGAGAGGACAGAGGGGGAGACAGGGGAUUUGGGCAAGAGAGAAGAUGUAAAAGCAGAUCGGGAGCUUCGACUUGGGCCUCCUCGGGAUGAGCCACGGCCCAAUGGGCGCCGUGAGGAGAAGGUGGAGAAGCCAAGAUUCAUGUUCAACAUUGCUGAUGGUGGUUUCACAGAGCUGCACACACUGUGGCAGAAUGAGGAAAGAGCAGCUAUUUCCUCGGGGAAACUCAAUGAGAUCUGGCACCGGAGACAUGACUACUGGCUUCUAGCUGGCAUUGUCCUCCAUGGCUAUGCCCGGUGGCAAGACAUCCAGAACGAUGCUCAGUUUGCCAUUAUCAAUGAACCAUUUAAAACGGAAGCCAAUAAGGGGAACUUCCUGGAGAUGAAAAAUAAAUUCCUGGCCCGGAGGUUCAAGCUCCUGGAGCAGGCGCUGGUGAUCGAGGAGCAGCUGCGGCGGGCGGCCUACCUGAACCUGUCACAGGAGCCGGCGCACCCCGCCAUGGCCCUCCACGCCCGCUUUGCCGAGGCCGAGUGCCUAGCCGAGAGCCACCAGCACCUCUCCAAGGAGUCGCUGGCAGGGAACAAGCCAGCCAACGCUGUCCUGCACAAGGUUCUGAACCAGCUGGAGGAGUUGCUGAGCGACAUGAAGGCAGAUGUGACCCGCCUGCCAGCCACGCUGUCCCGAAUACCCCCCAUCGCAGCCCGCCUUCAGAUGUCCGAGCGCAGCAUCCUCAGCCGACUGGCCAGCAAGGGCACGGAGCCUCACCCCACACCGGCCUUUCCCCCGGGUCCUUACGCCACACCUCCGGGGUACGGGGCAGCCUUCAGCGCCGCACCCGUAGGGGCCCUGGCCGCCGCAGGCGCCAAUUACAGCCAGAUGCCAGCAGGGUCCUUCAUCACAGCCACCACCAACGGCCCUCCAGUGCUGGUGAAGAAAGAGAAGGAAAUGGUGGGGGCGUUGGUGUCAGACGGGCUGGGGCUGGAUCGGAAGGAGCCCCGAGCAGGGGAGGUGAUUUGUAUAGACGACUGACUGGAUCCCAGGCCUGCCCUUCACCUAGGCCCCGACCCCGGAGCCGACCCACAUCUCAGGCCUUGGGGCCUGCUGCCAACCCUCCACCUUCCCCACCCCUUGGGCCACCACUGGGCUAGGAGCCCUUUUGCCCCUCUAUAAUGCCUCCCUUCAAGAAGGACCCCUAUCUCUCUCCGCCUCCACACACCUUUCCCACCAAACCUUGAAGACUGUGCUGGUGUGAAGAGGUCUGGGUGGGAGAUGGUUAGCAGGGUCUUCCAAGUACCCGGAUGCCCCACCACCAAAUAUACAGCUUCCCAGCAAAUGAGUGUCCGGGAGGGAGGAGGUGGGGCCUCCCAGGCCUUUCCUGCAGCAUCACCUCCACCUCCUGCCAAAGUGGGGGAUUAGCCUUGCUGGCCUUUAGGAACUUUUGUGAGAUCUUCAGAGAGGAGGGGAACCUUAUUACAAAGAUGAAAAUAGCAGGAGAAGGAGGAGGAGGAGGGGCGGGGCUGCAUGGCACUUUCCCUCCCGCUCCCAAAGGGAGGGUAAAACAGCUACAAGGAAGGGAGCGGAUUGCUGCUCCUGGCUCAGUUACCUCCUGUGUGCCAGCAUCUUGUAGUAGGAACUGUUCUUCUCCCCAGGGACCAAGGACCACCCCCACAGUAAUGGUUGGGUGAUACUCCCUCAAGCCAAAGAGGAGCUCCCCAACCUGUUCUAGGUGACCUAGAAAGGGUGGGAGAGAAUACAGAGGGCCAGAUAUGGGGCAGACCCCCACUCUGGGGCUCAGGUUUCUGGGGGACUAAAUCCUCCCUCCUCAAGGCCUGGAUACAGACUAAAUUUGAGUAGGUCAGGCCAGGGGCCCAGUCAGGAGCCUGCCUUGCCUUGGGACCAGAGCAACACAGUGGAUAAAGGCUAGGGAGAUUCGGGCACAUUCCCCCUCUAAGGAGGGGCCAGGGAGUGGCAGUUUGCAUGGGGAACCCCCAUAUCCUCCUUGCUGCCCCUUUCCCAGUCUCUUUGCUCCCGCUCCUGGUCUGUCCCAAUCCCUUCUUCUGUAUCAGGUUAUCGGUUGUACAUAUAAAUUAUACUUUCCUUUC